AUGCCCAAGCAUUUGGAAAAAAUCAAUAAAGACAAAGACCCACCAUUUGCACACAUGGUUGAGUAUUAUUAUCACUCGGCCGCUCAGCUAAUGGAGCCGAUGAUGAUAAAGGAGCUGGAAAAGUAUCCUUACAUGAAGAAGGAACAGCGUGAACAACGUGUUUCCGCCAUGCUUAAAUUGAUGGGCUGCACUACAAAUCUAUUGGAAGUUACCUUCCCUAUAAUAAGAAGUGAUGGCAAUUACGAGCUAAUCACCGGCUAUCGCGCACACCACACUAGACACAGAUUACCACUCAAAGGCGGCAUACGUUUUGCCAUGGACGUCGACGCCGAUGAGAUACGCGCUUUGGCUUAUCUGAUGGCGUUUAAGACGGCUUGCGUGAAUGUACCGUUUGGUGGUUCCAAGGGUGGCAUACGUAUCGACCCGAAGAAGUAUACUGCACAAGAAUUGCAAACAAUUACGCGUCGCUAUACAAUGGAGCUAUUACGUCGCAAUAUGAUAGGUCCGGGUAUAGAUGUACCGGCACCAGAUGUGAAUACCAGCCAACGCGAGAUGAGUUGGUUGGUGGAUCAAUAUAUUAAAACUUUUGGCUAUAACGAUGUAGAUGCAUUGGCCAUCACGACUGGUAAGCCAGUAGAAAUAGGCGGUAUAAAUGGUCGCACCGCCGCCACGGGACGUGGUCUAUUUAAGGCGGCUGAAUGUUUUAUUAUGGAUAAAGAUUGGAUGGAUUUAUUAGGCUGGAAGACUGGUUGGAAAGAUAAAACCGUGAUCGUACAAGGGUUUGGCAAUGUCGGUUCCCAUGCAUCCGUUUUUGUAGUGGAAGCCGGUGCCAAACUGAUCGGUGUUCAAGAAUUUGACGUGUCUCUAGUAAAUGAGAAUGGCAUUGAUCCAAAGGAAUGUGGCUAUUAUGCAAAAAAUAAUAAAUCAAUCAAGGGCUAUACCAAAGCCACCGAAAAAGAGGGCAGUUUGUUGGGUGAAAAAUGCGAUAUACUAAUGCCUUGCUCUACGCAAAAGGUUCUCACUGUCGAAAAUGCUAACAGUGUACAAGCCAAGAUGAUUUUAGAAGGCGCUAAUGGUCCUUCGACGCCAGCUGCCGAUGAAAUAUUACGUAAAAAGAAUGUACUCAUUAUACCGGAUUUGUUUUGCAAUGCUGGCGGUGUAACGGUAUCCUACUUUGAGUACUUAAAGAAUAUCAAUCAUGUAUCUUAUGGCAAAAUGAAUGUUAAACGCGAGAAAGCCAUAAUCAACGAGAUCUUUAACUCCAUGAAUGAGUGCGAGGUAAGUGAACUUUGACCACCGUGCAAAUAACCAAACAAAAAGUUAAAGCUCAUAAGAGACUGUACGAAGGAGGCGGAUAUUGUAGACGCAGGACUACAAACAGUUAUGGAAACUGCGGGGGCAGGCAUUAAGAUUGUGGCCAAUGAAUUCGGUCUCUGCAAUGAUUUACGCACCGCUGCCUUUAUUUACUCGAUUUCUAAGAUUUUCCGAGCCUUAGAAAUGGAGGGCAUUUCUCAACAAUAAUUACAGAAUGCGUCUGAAGUCGCUUGGCGAUUAUUUAUUUUUACAAAUUUUACAUUUAUAUAUUUAUAAGGUCCAAAGUGUAAUAUCCUUUUGUAUAUUUUUCUUAAAUUUUUAAAUAAAUAUUUCUUUACAA